UUUCUUGCCUGGUCUGGCUUAGAAUCAUGAUUCUCAGAUCUCAGCCUCCUGAGUAGCUAAGAUUUCAGGUGUGAUUCACUAGUGCCCAGCAGAUGUUGCUUUCUAUGAAGCAUUUAGAAGAGGGAAGCUUUCUUCGGUGACCUCUUUCAAAUGCCAGCUAACCAAAAGUCUUGUACUCCUGAUUUGUCCUUUGAGAUGGUGCUGUUGGUGAUGUUAAGAGGUGGAAGGCUGUCUGCUCUUUGGCAUAUAGAAGGGACACCAAGAGAACUUGACUAAGGGUAACCCAGGGAUGGAGGUCGGGGCAUACAGAGGUGUCUUCUGUUUUGCUUCCUGCUUUGGAGGCUUUGGGGUGAUGGCUUUAGUGUUGGUCAUGUUUCCUGAGCAGCUGGUUUUGUGGCCACCUGCGGUAAGUGCUGGAUAGUCUUCACACUGGUUCCCUAUGGAGAACAAAUGUUGAUGAUGUUUAAGUGCAAAGGGCCCCUUGGGGUGCCCUGUGGGUAUGACGGAGCUUAAUCUUGGUGGGGGAAUAAUAUCUUUGGAGGACAGUACUUUCAUGUUCAGCUACUCAUGACUUGGGCUCAGCCAGGAGACCUGACAAAGCUGGUGUGGUGGAGUCUACCAAGUUCAAGGCACCUCCUUCCAGAAAACCUGGGAUCCCGGACUGUAGAGCAUGUCAUGGUUUAGUGGCCUCUUGGUCCCCAAAGUGGAUGAACGGAAAACAGCUUGGGGUGAACGCAAUGGGCAGAAGCGCCCACGUCAUGGGACUCGAGCCAGUGGCUUCUGUACACCCCGCUACAUGAGCUGCCUCCAGGAUGCAGAACCACCCAGCCCCACUCCUGCAGCUCCUGCACGGUGCCCCUGGCAGGAUGAGGCGUUCAUUCGGAGGGCUGGCCCAGGCAGGGGCAUGGAGCUGGGGUUGCGGGCCGUGGCCCUGGGCUUUGAAGAUACUGAGAUGACCACAACAGCAGGUGGGGCAGCUGAGGUGGCACCUGAUGGGGCAUCCAGGAGUGGACGAUCCUGUUGGCGCCGUCUCGUGCAGGUUUUCCAGUCAAAGCAAUUCCGCUCAGCCAAGCUGGAACGCCUAUACCAACGCUAUUUCUUCCAAAUGAACCAAAGUAGCCUAACGCUGCUGAUGGCAGUGCUGGUGCUGCUCACGGCCGUGUUGCUGGCCUUCCAUGCGGCGCCCGCCUCUCCUCAUCCCGCCUAUGUGGUCCUGCUGAUCUGUGCUGCCAUCCUCUUCGUGGCGCUCAUGGUGGUGUGUAACCGACAUAGCUUCCGCCAGGACUCCAUGUGGGUGGUAAGCUACGUGGUGCUGGGCAUUCUGGCAGCUCUGCAGGUCGGGGGUGCCCUGGCAGCCAACCCACACAGCCCCUCGGCAGGCCUCUGGGUCCCUGUGUUCUUCGUCUACAUCACCUACACGCUCCUGCCCAUCCGCAUGCGGGCUGCCGUGCUCAGUGGCCUGGGCCUCUCCAUCCUGCAUUUGAUCUUGGCCUGGCAACUCAACCGUGGAGAUGCCUUCCUCUGGAAGCAGCUUGGUGCUAAUGUGGUGCUCUUCUUCUGCACCAACGUCAUUGGCAUCUGCACGCAUUACCCGGCUGAAGUGUCUCAGCGCCAAGCCUUUCAGGAGACCCGCGGUUACAUCCAGGCUCGACUGCACCUGCAGCAUGAGAAUCGGCAGCAGGUGUGGGUUGCUUCCCCUGACCAGGGUGCCCCGCCCCUCCAAUCUCACUCCCAAGAGCGGCUGCUGCUGUCAGUGUUGCCCCAGCAUGUUGCCAUGGAAAUGAAAGAAGAUAUCAACACAAAAAAAGAAGACAUGAUGUUCCACAAGAUCUACAUCCAGAAGCACGACAAUGUCAGCAUCCUAUUUGCAGACAUUGAGGGCUUCACCAGCCUGGCCUCCCAGUGCACUGCGCAGGAACUGGUCAUGACCUUGAACGAGCUCUUUGCCCGGUUUGACAAGCUAGCAGCGGAAAAUCACUGUCUGAGGAUCAAGAUCUUAGGUGACUGUUACUACUGUGUGUCAGGGCUACCAGAGGCCCGGACAGACCAUGCCCACUGCUGUGUGGAGAUGGGGGUGGAUAUGAUCGAGGCCAUCUCAUUAGUGCGUGAGGUGACAGGCGUGAAUGUCAACAUGCGCGUGGGCAUCCACAGUGGACGGGUGCACUGCGGGGUCCUUGGUCUGCGGAAAUGGCAAUUCGAUGUGUGGUCCAACGAUGUGACCCUGGCCAACCACAUGGAGGCAGGGGGUCGGGCUGGCCGCAUCCACAUUACUCGGGCCACGCUGCAGUAUCUGAAUGGAGACUAUGAGGUGGAACCAGGCCGUGGCGGUGAGCGCAAUGCAUAUCUCAAGGAGCAACGCAUUGAGACCUUCCUCAUCCUGGGUGCCAGCCAGAAACGGAAAGAGGAAAAGGCCAUGCUGGCCAAGCUGCAGAGGACACGGGCCAAUUCCAUGGAAGGCCUGAUGCCACGCUGGGUGCCUGAUCGGGCCUUCUCCCGGACCAAGGACUCCAAGGCAUUCCGCCAGAUGGGCAUUGAUGAUUCCAGCAAAGACAACCGAGGUGCCCAAGAUGCCCUGAACCCUGAGGAUGAGGUGGACGAGUUCCUGGGCCGUGCCAUCGAUGCCCGCAGCAUUGAUCAGCUGCGGAAAGACCAUGUACGCCGGUUCCUGCUCACCUUCCAGAGAGAGGAUCUUGAGAAGAAGUACUCACGGAAGGUGGAUCCCCGCUUUGGAGCCUACGUUGCCUGUGCCCUGUUGGUCUUCUGCUUCAUCUGCUUCAUCCAGCUCCUCAUCUUCCCACACUCCACCCUGAUGCUUGGGGUCUACAUCAGCAUCUUCCUAAUGUUGCUGGUCACCGUGCUGAUCUGCGCUGUAUACUCCUGUGGUUCUCUGUUCCCCAAGGUCCUGCAGCGUCUAUCUCGGAGCAUUGUUCGCUCCCGGGCACACAGCACGGCAGUUGGCAUCUUCUCAGUCCUGCUUGUGUUCAUCUCUGCCAUCGCCAACAUGUUCACCUGUAACCACACCUCCUUACAGACCUGCGCAGCCCAGAUGUUGAAUUUAACUCCCACUGACAUCACCGCCUGCCACCUGCAACAGCUCAAUUACUCUCUGGGCCUGGAUGCUCCCCUGUGUGAGGGCACCGCACCCACCUGCAGCUUCCCUGAGUACUUCAUCGGGAACAUGCUGCUGAGUCUCUUGGCCAGCUCUGUCUUCCUGCACAUCAGCAGCAUUGGCAAGCUGGCCAUGACCAUUGUCUUGGGACUCAUCUAUUUGGUGCUGCUUCUGCUGGGCCCUGCAGCCACCAUCUUUGACAACUAUGACCUCCUGCUUGGUGUCCAUGGCUUGGCUUCUUCCAAUGAGACCUUUAGUGAGCUGGAAUGCCCAGCUUCAGGGAGGGUGGCCCUCAAAUACAUGACCCCUGUGAUUCUGCUGGUGUUUGUGCUGGCCCUAUACCUACAUGCCCAGCAGGUGGAGUCAACAGCUCGCCUGGACUUCCUCUGGAAACUGCAGGCAACAGGGGAGAAGGAAGAGAUGGAGGAGCUCCAGGCUUACAACCGGCGGCUUCUGCAUAACAUUCUGCCCAAGGAUGUGGCUGCCCACUUCCUGGCCCGGGAGCGCCGGAAUGAUGAGCUCUACUAUCAGUCGUGUGAAUGUGUGGCUGUUAUGUUUGCCUCCAUUGCCAACUUCUCUGAGUUCUAUGUGGAGUUGGAGGCAAACAAUGAGGGUGUCGAAUGCCUGCGGCUGCUCAAUGAAAUCAUCGCUGACUUUGAUGAGAUCAUCAGUGAGGAGCGGUUCCGGCAGCUGGAGAAGAUCAAGACCAUUGGUAGCACAUACAUGGCUGCGUCUGGGUUGAAUGCCAGCACCUAUGACCAGGUGGGCCGCUCCCACAUAACUGCCCUGGCCGACUACGCCAUGCGGCUCAUGGAGCAGAUGAAGCACAUCAAUGAACACUCCUUCAAUAAUUUCCAGAUGAAGAUUGGACUGAACAUGGGCCCAGUUGUGGCAGGCGUCAUUGGGGCUCGGAAACCACAGUAUGACAUCUGGGGGAACACAGUGAAUGUCUCUAGUCGUAUGGACAGCACAGGGGUUCCUGAUCGGAUACAGGUGACCACGGAUCUGUACCAGGUUCUAGCUGCCAAGGGCUACCAACUGGAGUGUCGAGGGGUGGUCAAGGUAAAGGGCAAGGGAGAGAUGACCACCUACUUCCUCAACGGAGGCCCUAGCAGUUAGCAGGGCCCAGCUCCACAUCCGGCGAAAGGGACCAAGGUGGACAUUGAGUGAACUCAGCUUGCUUGGGCAUGCUGUAGCAAGUGGCACUGAGCCUCCAGAUCUUGCUGCCGAAAAAAAGGGAACACCCUAGCAGACUGCUUGGACCAUGCUCGUCUGCCCUCCAACUGGCAAAGGAGGAUUAUCCAAGAAGUGAUUAUCCAAGCAACUUUCUUCUUUUAAUUGGGACAGGUCUGUUCUCUCUCUACAUUCUUCCAGCUUUUGGGAGCAGUCGAGGGAACAGCAGCAGAAGUGGGGGUAGCCCUACUUCCUGCCGGAGGGAUUUAAAGGGCAACUUGCCAUGCCUGUUUCCCUAUCUGGGCAAUGGGCUCGGGGCUUGGUCCUUCCUUUCCUUUUUUUUUUUGUUUUUUUUCCCUGCAAAUAUUUUGUACAGAGACUGGGGCAGGCAUGAGGAGUGCCUAUGCCAUGCUUGCCUUUGCUAUGCCUAUGUCCCCAGCACUGGUUUUGGGUACCAGUAGCCUCAGCUAGGUUUGUUUUUUUCCCCCUAGCUGCAGAGCAGAGGAAGGGACCCAGCUCUGUCCACAUUUCAGGGGAAUAUUUCCAUUUGCCAAAUCCUAGUCCCAUGAUCUGUCCCCAAAGGGGAACAAAGGGACCUCUGACAGCUCAGAGUUAAGCCUCGAUUCCUUUGAGCUCCGGGGAAAGGGGUGUCUGGGCCUCACUGGUACUGUGAAAAUGCCCAGCCAGAGAGCAAACCUGUGUGUGUGUAUGUCAGAAGAUCAGGAGCUGGACGUUCACUUACAGGUGCCAAAGAGUGCAGGAGGCCAGUGAGGGGCCAGGGUUAGCUCCUUCGGUGGCUCCUCCAGCUGUCUGCGGGCGGGGGGGGGGGGGGGGGGGGAGCGGGGAUGGAACAUCUCUACCCCUUCUGUGGCCAAAUAGAAAAGGGUCAGGGCACACCCAGGAAGAUGGCCCUGAUCCCAAACCUGGUCCCCCCACCUCCAAGACUGGCACUGGGGAGGGCCUGUGUGUUUGUGUAGCUGUGUGGGCAUGUUGCUCUUUGUGUGUGUGUCUGUUCUCCAGGUCUCUGUGUGUCCUUGUGCUCCUGCUCCUCAGCUGUCUGCCUGGACUGCCUCUCUACUUUGGGGCUUCUGUCUUCUGGGAUGAAGGCAGGGUUUCAUGUUUCAAGAGAUGGAGAGAGAUAGCCAGGUAUCACGGAGGAGAAUGGGGGGUGUGAGAGAAAAAGAAGGUGGGGCCUGGGGAGAGGAGUUCCUUUUUUUUGUGCCAAAUCCCUAAGUGCCAUUUGGGGGCCAUGUGUGCAGUAUGACUGUCUCCCGCCUGGGGCAGGGACCCAAGCAAAUGCCUGUUUGAGCUCCAGUGUGUCAUGCACUUGAACUGUAUGGAGUUUGGUGGGCAAAGGCCCAGAAAUUUCCUGGGUUUGCCAGCUUUUAUCCUGGGAUGUAGUAUGCAUUGUGACUGGGGUAGCAUGGGCUCCCUCUGAGGACCCAGAUACUGGUACUAGGGUGUGGGAUCAGGGAAACCUUAAACUUCAGCCACAGUCUAGCCCAGCUAGACUGGUCUCAGCUCCCAAUCCCUGUGAAGCGUACAAGCGCUGGUAGACAGGUUAGGAAGUUGGACUCGAUUCCCUUCCUGCCCUUGCCUUCUUUUUACCCCUUUCCCUACACCCUCCUUGACUCUGGCCUGAAGUAACUGGUGCCUUGGUUUCUUUUUCUGUACCUAUUUAAGCCAGAGGCAUUAGCCUGAAUUUUGCUUGAAGUUGACUAGAAAGGCAGAGGAGAAACAGGUUGGGAGAAAGAAGGAAGGAAGGAAGGAAGGAAGGAGGGAGACAGGAAGUUUUCUUGCCUAUCCUUAUGCUCCUUCUGACACCAACUCCCCGAAAGAGGCCUGGUUUCUGGCUUGGUACUGCCUGUUUUGGAGAUUUUUAUAAAUCAACAAAUGGGCCACCAGGCAACUCAUUUGCCAAAUCAGAGAAGGGAAGGG